UAUCCUUCUCGAUCCAACGGACCCAAACCCCUCUCUCUCUAUCUAAUGGCGGAUUCCGAUAACGACUCAGGCGGUCACAAGGACGGAGGCAGCGCGUCGUCGCGCGAGCAGGACCGAUUCCUCCCGAUCGCUAACGUGAGCCGGAUCAUGAAGAAAGCGCUCCCGGCGAACGCGAAGAUCUCGAAGGACGCGAAGGAGACGGUGCAGGAGUGCGUUUCGGAGUUCAUAAGCUUCAUCACGGGAGAGGCGUCGGACAAGUGUCAGAGAGAGAAGAGGAAGACGAUCAACGGCGACGAUUUGCUCUGGGCGAUGACGACGUUGGGGUUCGAGGAUUACGUGGAGCCGUUGAAGGUUUAUUUGCAGAAGUAUAGAGAGGUGGAAGGGGAGAGGAUGACGACGACGAGUACAGGGAGACAGGGCGAUAAGGAAGGAGGAGGAGGAGGGAUGUAUGGGAUGGGGCAUCAUUAUCAAGGACACGUGUACGGUGGAAGUGGGAUGAAUUAG